UGACCUCAUACAGAGCAGUCGGGCUUCUGUGGCAACGAGGCCGAAGACACAGCGGAGGCGAUAACGACGGCGGGCAAGAUGGCGCAGUUUAAAUAAGGAGGCACAGAUAUGCCUGACGACAAGAUGUGAAAACAGCAGCGUUUGCAUCAUUCGAGGACAGUUCUGAGUCUACGCAACACCGCGAGCACUACAAUGUCACACCCGACGAUUGACACAAAAUACUUGAUAAUCGGAGCAGGUCCAGCAGGAUUGGCGUUGGCUGCUUUCCUAGGACGCCUUGGUUUGGAAGGUAUUGUGAUUUCAAAAGCAGCAUCUACAGCAUAUGCGCCUCGGGCACAUUGCUUCAACCCGUUCGGCUUUGAGUGCUUUCGCGAUAUCGGUAUCGAAGAUGCUGCUUUGGACAUGGCAUUUACUGGCGACGCUACGUACUCGAUGCGAUGGUGCCGCGACAUGAGAGGCACGAAUUAUGGACAUGUACGGGGCUGGUGUGAGCAUCCGCCCACGAAGAGCAUCCUGACCGAUCUAUCUCCUUGCGGCUUUGCGGAGUUCACUCAAUCGCAGAUGGAACCACUGCUGUUGAAGACUGCCUCACAACAUGGGUUCACUGUGCGAUACUCCACCGAGCUGAUCCAUAUUAAAGAGACGACAACAGGGCAGCCUCAUAAGUCUCUUUAUGAGUGCUCUGUUCGCGAUCUGGUGUACGGACAGACAUAUAUCAUCCGAGCUUCGUACGUGUUCGGCGCAGAUGGUGCACGAAGCCACGUCGGACGAGCACUGAGUUUUCCUUAUACUGGAAAGCCAGGCGGCGGCAAAGCCUGCAAUAUACUUUUCCGUGCUGAUCUCUCUCACAUCAUGAUCCCCGAGCGACACGCAGGUCUUCAUUGGAUCCUGAAGCCAGAUCGGGAGAAUGGAUUUGGUAUUGUAGCGCAUCUGCGCAUGGUACGGCCGUGGAAUGAAUGGAUCCUGGUUGGUUUCAGGGGAGAUCAGAAAGAUCCUUUCGAAAACAUGACCACCGAGAGUCCAGAGCUGGUCAACAUCAUAAGCGAGCUCAUUGGCGACAAAUCAGUCGUCAUCGAGGUCUUGCGCUUAGACCCAUGGAGUGUACGAGAAAGUGUGGCCGACCGCUACGACCAGCACGGUCCGAACGUAUAUCUGCUUGGCGACGCUGCUCACCGUCAUCCGCCUGCCUUUGGUCUCGGAAGCAAUACCUGCGUUCAAGAUGCAUACAAUCUUGCAUGGAAGGUGGCGUACGUUGAUCGUGGGCUUGCAGGACCGGGUCUACUGGCUUCUUAUUCGCGCGAACGUCAGCCCGUAGGAUCGACUCUGGUCAAAGCUGCCAAUGAAGGCCUUCGUGCGCACGCAGUAGUUUGGGAGUCCUUGGGCAUGUUCUCUGAGUCUCGAUCAGAGGGCGCCAAGCAUUUGAAGCAGAUCACCGCCUCAGACGAAGCCGGUAAAGCUGCGCGUCAGCGUCUGUCUUCUGCACUGGACCAGAUUGGACACGAAAUCCAGAGCUUGGGUAUUUGCUAUAACCAGUGGUACGACGACUCUGAUGCAGUAUACACGCAUGACGAGCCCGGUCCUCGCUCAGGCAUUCCUGAAGACCCGGUUGCAGACCCGCUGAUCACGACAUACCCGGGCAGCCGGCUCCCGCACGCGUGGCUCGACGUCCCAGAUCGUGGGAAGAGGAUAUCCACGCAUGAUCUCGCCGGUAAAGGGGCUUUCUGUCUUCUGUUUGGCGAAGGCGGCGCAUCCUGGGGUGAUGCAGCUAAAAAUAUCACGCUAAAGACUGGAAUUCCGAUCAAUGCUCAUGGCAUUGGACUUGGACUUGAAUAUAUUGACAUUGAUCGAACUUGGUCGGCGCGUCGAGAAGUCAGUGAGGAUGGAUGUAUACUGGUACGACCGGAUCGGUUUGUCGCUUGGCGUGCUCAAGAACUGGAGACAGAUUGUGAACAGAAGCUUAUGCUUGUGCUGAACAGUAUUCUUCGUAGGGAUUGAUUAGUCAACUUAUUAUUCGGGCUGAGAUAAGAGUGCAACGGAGCGACAGAGGCUACAGUAUGUUUUUUCCCAAGUCUUCUGACAUUGACGUCUAAAUUCUCCUUAAUUGAUCAAAUAUCAUAGCUCCAUUGAUCCGGUCUGUGGCUGCAAUCGGGCCCGAAAUAAAUCAGGACACAUGGAAAUGGAAAGUUCUCAGCCUUGGUGGCUUUUAUCGU